UUGUACCAUUGAGGGAAACCAUUCUGCACAAUGGGAUCUUCCUCCAGUCUGCUAGACGAGAGUAAAUCGAACUACAUCAGAGGGCGAACAGAGGCAGAGCUGAAGAACUUCAGUCCACACUAUAGGAGGCAGUACUGUGUGGCUUUCUUCUCCCAGCUCCAAGAUGAGGUGGAGCAACACAGGGCUGGCCAGACCCAGCUCCUCAAACAGAGGGGGCCUCCUGAGGGCAAUGAGGUUCUUUACAAAGACACUGUGCUGCACUAUGAUGACAGCAGGAAGUGGAAAGAAAGGCUUGUUCUGAUCAGAGCAGACUACAGCAUGGAGCUGCAUGAUAGCCAAGAGACGUUCGCGAAAGGUGUACCUCCACGCCACAAGAUCCUGCCGACCGGAGGCACAGUUCUGACCUCAGAGGAAAAGUAUAUGGCCAUUGUGGACAAGGCUUUUCCUGACCUCAACAGUGGGAAGGAAGACUCCUCAGGUUCGAUGGUUGCGAAGCCUGGUCCAUUCCCUGUUUAUCUGAGACUGCCCUAUAGACGGGACUCCUACUUCUGUUUCCACCAGGAGGAGCAGCAGAGUCGCUUUAUAGCAGUCCUCUCUGACUGUAUCCGCCACCAGAACCACGAUUCUCUGAAGGGCAUGUCUUGCGAGGUUCAGGCUUUUCUGAAGGCCAUUCAUUUCUACAGGCAGGAGAAAGGUCACUAUGAGUCCUGGGACAUGCUCAUUGGCAGUGAUGCCCAGGUGCUGGCCAAUCAGGUGAUGGAGGAGCUUAUCCCCUCUCUGCAGACUGAGCUCCUGCCAAAGUUGAAGGGGAAGAAGGCAGAGAGGAAGAGAGUGUGGUUUGCGACAGUGGAGGCAACCUAUGCCCUGGUCCAGGAACAACUAAGUGAAGGACUUCAGGCCCUGAAGGAGGAGUGCAGAGAGGCAGCCAAGAAACAGGAGGCACUUAUCCGCUCUGAUAUGGAUCAGAUUAUCAACUCACGUACCUUCCUGGAGACCAAGCUGCAAUCCUUGGUGUCAGAGCCAGCAAUGAAAUUCUCCUCAGAGAGUGUGGCCCCCUAUCUGGCUUCCAUCCUGGAGGAGCUCAUGGGACCCGUCAGCUCGGGCUUCCAAGCAGUGCGUCUCCAGCUGGAGGGCGACUUGACCCGGCUCUGCAAGGACUUCCCUGAGGGAGGAGGCUUGGAUGAGUUAAAGAAAGCUCUGGAGAAGGUGAGAUGUGCUCCUCUAGUUAGCUGUUACCAGCAUGUGGAAGUUCUGAAGGAGCAGCUCCAGGAACUCAGGAACCGCUUCAAAUUCUACAACACCACAUUGUUGGUCCAAAGCACACAAAACCACAUGCAACAGCUGAUGGACAAUGCUGUGCACACAUUUGAGCUGCUGCUUCAGUCUUCCCUGAAAGAUAAACCAGACAAGCUGGCAUCAGUCAUGGAGAAAGCCAAGCUCAGAGUUCUUAAGCAAUACGACUAUGACAGCAGCACUGUGCGGAAGAAGAUUUUCCAGGAGUCCCUGAUGGACAUCACCUUGCCCGCCAUCAGGAGGAACUUAGCCCCCACCUGCAAAACAGAGCUACAGAAAUUUGAACAGUACAUCUUUGCUGAUUAUACAAAUUUCAUUCAAGUGGAAAACGUCUAUGAAGACAUACUUACAGACAUAUUGAAUAAUGAAGUCAACAAAGUGGUUAAGGAGGCUGCCAGCCUGAAGAAACACAACUUGUUUGUGGACAGCACUGAUCUGCAAUGUAUUAGCCAGAGUAGUUUAAGUGACAGUCGUACUCCACCUCGCUCUGCGCCUGCCAGCCCAGCCAAAGUGCCCUCUGCUGCUGUCACUCAAAAGGAAGAGACACCCAAGUCUCCACUGGUACGUAAUGGCAAUCUGGAAAGCCAAGACAAGAAGGACAGGGGCCUUUCUGCAGUAGAGGAGGGAACAGAGUCUCAUGCUUCUGAACCACCAAACGAUGCUAAAGAGUCUCAAACAGUCACUUUGUCGGACCCAGUAGAUAUCCCUGCUAUCAUUAUUGAGGUUCCCUCCACCACAUCUGUUCCUACAUGCACUACUGAUACAUCUAAAACCAAAUCUGAGUCACCCUUACCAGAAACUGACAUCGUCUCAGCCACACCAGAUGCCCCCACUAUCUGUCCACCUGCCUCUUCCAGUCAACCUGAAAUUUCUUCAUCCAUAGCUAACAGCGCCCCCUUGCCCACCCCAGACAUCUCAUCUCCAGAAGCUUCAGAAGAGCCUGUGACUAAUACGUUAGUCAACCUCAGUCUCAGUACCACUCCCCUUAUAACUGUCCCAAAUGACUCUGAUCCACCUGUGGAACAGCAGCAAAUCACUGACCGAGCAGUGUAUCUAAAUCCACCAGCAGGGCUGACAGCUGGAACCCCUGUACCGACCGCUGAUCUUCUACCUGAGGGUGAAGAGAUGGAAAUGUCCGGAACGCAAGUGUCGGGCAGUCUUCCUGAAGAUGAGAAAGAUACAGUCGUGGCUCAGGCAGAAGUCUGUAAUGUUGAGAUAGCCACUGGUGACUCUCCCUCAGACGUCAAAGAUGACAGUGCUGUCCAGUCAGAUUUGACUCCAGAACCUAGAGAUGAUAUCACAAUCCCCACUGACCAACAAACCAAAGAAGCUGAUUCGGCAUCUCCAGUACAGAUUUCCUCGUGUGAUUCCACUCAUCUCGCUGAAGAUGUCAGUGAGGUAGUGUUGGCUGGUGCUGAGAAAACCGGAAUGGAUCUUGAUGCUAAUAAUGUUGCAAGUAUCACUUAUUCUCCAGCAGGGGACAGUGUCCCUCCAGCUUCAGAGCCCAUGCUGGAAUGUACAGCCUCCCCAGCCAGAGGGUGUCCUUCUGAUGACAGUGACCAGGACAACGACGAGCCUCUGGACAGUGUGAAAACCAUCAGAGAUUUGGUGGUAGAGAUCAUUGAAGUGGAAGACAUAGUGACACCUUGUCCAGACAGCGGUCUAUAG